AUGAUGAAAAAGUCAACACAAUUCCAAGCUCCCGAGCCUGAUCGUAUUUUGCCCGAGUGGAUCUGGAGACUGCGGACGGCGUGGGCUACAACACAAACUUAUGAUAGAAUUAGAGAUGGCAUUGGGGAUAAGAUACUAAGACCUCUAGGUGGGAAUUGGGGCAGAAAGAAUGCCCGGAGGAACGUGAACGGGGAAUGGAGGUUCGAGCGACACUCUCGCCCUAUAGUUGAGAAGACCUCUGCACGUGCAAACGAGUUUCUGGGUGAAUUAGUGUAUCAAUACCUGCCCUUGCCGUCUGCUAGCUCCAUACGACUUCUACGCCUACAACCAGGUUCUUUACCAAUGCCGGUACAAUGUCUAAUGUCCACCCAUGAAAUUGAACAAGCUCCUGCAUUCCAAGCCUUGUCUUAUACGUGGGGUCAAAAGAUCGAACACCGGAUUGGAUGCGAUGAUGUUGAACGCAAUAGUAUUAGGGGCGGUGGCCAUUACGUAUCCAUUCAUGAGAGCUUAUGGUUGGCGCUUCAAAGACUGCGGCACGAGACAGAAGAACGAAUCUUGUGGAUUGACGCUAUAUGUAUCAGUCAAGUGAAUAACGCCGAGAGAAAUGACCAGGUUCUAUUGAUGCGGAAGCUGUUUCACAAAGCUGAGAGCGUUAUCAUUUGGCUCGGGGAAGAGUCGCAUGACAGCGCCGUUGCUUUUGAUUUAGUUUCUCGCAUAGUCGCUGCUGCUGCCACUGAGCAGGCGCGUAGCCCUGUUAACGCCAAACAAGUUGUCAAAGCUCAGGACCUCGGCGGCCUGGCUCUUCUAGAGUACUCCAGCCCAGCAUGGGAAGCCCUAAAUUCCUUGUUCUGGCGUCCUUGGUUCAGUCGUGUAUGGGUCAUCCAAGAGGUCACGGUGGCGAGAGGCGCCUCGGUUCUAUGUGGGCCAAGCCAUUGCCAAUGGUGGCAUCUCACUACGACAGCAAGAUAUAUUGAAGACCAUUCUUUGACUGCGAUAACGCGUGUCGACCCACAAACAGCCAUCAAGUUUGCAGACCUUGGCCAGAGAUUUCGUGAAGGACCGCCCCAUUUGCUCUUGGAGCUGCUGUCACAGGCUCGAGAUAGCUAUUCGACAGAUGACAGAGACAAGAUUUUUGCUCUACUUGGUAUUGCUGGAGAUGCAGAGUACAGCUUGCUGAAACCAAAUUACAAGAAACCCUUAGUUGACGUUUACACUACUUUGACAAAACAUUUGAUCGAAAGAGAUCGGAGCCUUGAUGUAUUGAGCGCUGUCGAGGAUCGACAAUUCCGCUUGAAACGAGACCGAGAACUAGACAAAAAGAUCGAGGGUCUCGAAGGAAAUGAGCUUCCCAUGAAUAGUCAGCUUCCGUCGUGGGUGCCAGAUUGGGAAGUGCACAGGCCCUCAUCUCCGUUCGUACUACAUCCAGCAUUUGCCACAAUGAAGGCAGCUGGAUCAACACAGGCAUCGUGCACUUUUUCUACUGAUGGUCUUACAUUGCUUUCCCGCGGAAUCGCGUUCGAUCAAAUAGCAUACGUGGGCGAUCCCUUCAUGGAAGCGGUGCCAGCUCCAAGGUCACUUUUUCCACAGCCACCCACAACUAAUGUCAGGUUACGCACUCGAAUUGCUCAUACUGCGAUAGAUUUCCUAACGGACCAACGUGGAAGACAGUGGGAAAAGUUGGCCCGCGACCUCAAAGUUUAUCCUACAGGUGAAGACAUCUUAGACGCUUUCAUCAGAACUCUAGUUGCAGGCGAUGCUUCCUUCCUCGGCCUUCCACAAGAGAGGCUGCGGGCCCAUUACACUGCUUGGCGUAAGUACUGGCGUAUAGCGGGCGUGAACGACCCAAACUUUGUCCAUACCGCCUAUGAGAGGAACGUCGCAGACGAAAUAACACUGGCAACCCAAUUCCUGCAGGGCCAACUCAAAGCCGCUUAUGGCCGGCGAUUCUUCACCACCUCAAAUAAAUAUAUGGGAUUGGCUCAGUCGGGAGUGCGAAUAGGUCAUGCCGUUGUUAUUUUACAUGGAGGCAGGACGCCGUACUUAUUGCAGAGGGUAGGUAGCAGUGGAUACAGGUUCGUAGGGGAGUGUUACGUUCAUGGACAUAUGAAUGGCGAAGCACUCACUAAGCCGAUACCGGAACAGGAAUUUGCAAUUCGGUUGGAGAUUGGAUUGGUGAGACGAAAGCAGAUCAGAACUGCCUGGAAAACUGUUAUGGACCUUUUCGAAGAGCUUCCGUAUAUGCUGGGUGUAUAUCGACGCAAGCUGAACUCUGCUGUCCGAAUGGAUACACGCUCGAAAGCGAAGGCAGCCCCACCAUAUCACAUCUACGCCACAUCUCCACAUUACAAAGCCUGUCUGUUGGGACAAGACUCUACAGAUCACAGGAAUCGCAGAGCGGGAGAGCAAAGCUUCUCGAAGCGGUCAUCAGAACUGACCUCUCCUCUGCAGACUGGUAUGUACUCCAAAAGACGGCAACUACAGAUCUACUUUUCCGGCUUCUCCGACUAG